AUUCUAUUCACUCUUCAAUUGUACAAAUCACAAGCCCAUCACCAUCCAGUCCCAUUUUUUGGGAAAUUGCAGCACAAUUAUACGACAGCUGCAGAGACCGCAAGCACACGCUUCAAAUCCUGGAAGCUUCCUAAAAUGCUUUCGAUGAGUUAAAAAAAAAAAACAGCGAAUUGGAAAAAAUGUUUGUCUUCCUCUUUUUCUUCCUCCUCUUCACCGUUCCGGUCUCACCCUCCUCCUCCCCAGACCGCUACACAAAAUCCGUCCUCCAACCACUCCAAGUCAAACACCGAGAAUACUUGGAGCUCGCCCAUCCCCUGCCGUCCGAUUACCUGGUCCCAUCAUGCACCCACCGGAUCCUCCGCCACUCCUUCGCCAACACCAUCAACUCUCCUCCCUUCUCUACCCGCUACUACCCGCCGUUAGAUUGCCCCUCCCCCUGGUCCCACGUGGCCCUCGAUUUCCGCGCCGAGUGCAGAGGCGAGCAGUACGACCGCAUCGCCGGCUUGUGGCUCGGCGGGGCAGAGCUUCUCCGCACCAGCACAGCCGAGCCGACGAAGUGCGGAAUCUUCUGGAAGGUUCGAAAGGACAUCACCAGGUACUCCUCUCUCCUCUCACGCUACGACCUCAACCUCACCAUGAUGCUCGAGAACAUCGUCAACAACAUCUAUACCGGCGUUUACCACAUCACCGUCAGUUUCCUCUACUACAAGGAUAACGCCGUCAGGGUUCCGUCACAGAUCUCGGAUCCAAAUUUUGGGUUUCUUGGGGAUAAACAACGCGGUGGUGGGGUUCGUAUGUGGCAAGGCCUCGGGGGCUUGUAUGAACCACCGGCCGAUUUUAUAAUCCCGAUAUCGGAUCGGGGCGAUAAGGGCUUUUGGUUCAGAAUCGAGAGCGAAUUGGACUCCCGCUCCAAGGGAAUUCGGAUCCCGCGGAAUACAUACCGAGCCGUUUUGGAACUGUACGUGUCGUUUCACGGGAACGACGAGUUUUGGUACUCGAACCCGCCAAAUUCGUACAUCAAAACGAACAACUUAACGACCGAACGCGGCAACGGAGCUUACAGAGAGGUUUACGUGACGAUAGACGGGAAGUUCGUCGGGUCGGAGGCUCCGUUCCCGGUGGUGUUCACGGGUGGGGUGAACCCGUUGUUCUGGGAACCGGUUGUGGGAAUCGGAGCGUUUAACCUUCCAAGCUACGACUUCGAUUUGACACCGUUUUUAGGUGUUCUUUUGGACGGGAAAAUUCACAGGUUUGGAUUUGGAGUGACCGAAGGCAUUGCGUAUUGGCUUGUGAACGCGAAUUUGCACCUUUGGGUGGAUCACAAAUCGCCCAAGGUCCAUGCAAGGUCUGUUGUUUACAACAGUCCUCGAUUGAAGAUCAAGCGUCGAUCAGAUUUCAAGCUUCUCGAUGGGUCAUUCAAGGUGGAGGCAGAGAGGAAAGCUCUGUUUGUGGGGUGGGUUAAGUCGAGCUUCGGCAACUUGACCACGGUUUUCUCGCAAGACUACAGGUUGAAGAACGUGGUGAGCUUCGAGAACAAUGGAGCAUAUAAAUUGGUGAAGCAGAAGGUGAAGGCAAAGCGAGAGGUGAUCGUGGCGAAUGAUAGAGAUCAGUCAGUCGCUCGUGUGAGCGUUAGGAGGAAAUACCCUCUUAAUCUCAUCACUUCAACUCAGCCGGGACGGAAGAAGAAGAAGAAGAACACGUAUUUGCUUGUCACGAACGUUUCUCAUGCAUUGAGCGAGAGGUAUUCGCAGGGGGACUCUGCGAGCGUUGUUUACAAUAUGCAGGAUUCUCGAGGGUGGAUGGAGGUGGAGGAUCAUUCGGUUCUCUCUGGUGCGGCGAUGACUCGACAAAGCUUUAGUUAUAGGAAUGCGUUUGGUUGCUACUCGCGGACUGUACAAGCAAGCAAUGGCAGGCUAAUCAGAGACAAUACCACCUCUGGUUGCCUUUCUUCAUUCUAGUUCUCCACCGCACGAAUUCUCGUUUCAAGAUAUUUACCUAUAAUUAAUGGUUUGCAAUCUGCAUGAAAUUGGGUCAACUCUUUAUCAGUGUGUACUUGUCUAUAUAUGUGAUUUUUAGAAUAAUUAAUGUAAAGAAUUUGAAACUA